AUGGACCGUACGAUUGGACUCCUCGGCGGCGGCCAGCUUGGGCAAAUGCUCUGCGAAGCCGCAAACCCCCUCGGAAUCAAAGUCUUCAUACUCGACGCCGAGAACUCUCCGGCGAAACAAGUCAAUGCGAAGAACGCGCACAUUGAUGGGUCCUUCAUCGACGAGGAGAAGAUCCUCGAACUGGCGAGGAAAGUGGAUAUCCUGACCGUGGAAAUUGAGCAUGUGAAUACAUAUGUGCUUGAAAAUAUUGCCACAGAGGGCGUCGAGGUUAUUGGGGAAGAUGGGAAGAGGACGAUGAAGAAGGUGGAGGUCCAGCCGAGUUGGAAGACGAUCCGGACGAUCCAGGAUAAAUUCUUACAGAAGAAGCAUUUUAUUGCGAACGGGGUGUCGACUGUCCCAUCAAAGGAAGUAGAGUCCAACCCAGGUGCAUUGCACGCUAUUGGACUUGAAUAUGGAUAUCCAUUUAUGCUGAAGGCGAAGAAGGAUGCAUAUGAUGGACGGGGUAACUUUACCGUCAAGUUCCCACACGAUAUACCGGAGGCACUAGAUGCAUUGAAGGGUAGAGGAUUAUACGCAGAGAAAUGGGCGAAUUUCAUGAUGGAGCUGGCUGUGAUGGUUGUGAAAACUGAGGAUGACGCUUCAACGGACGGGAAGGCAACAGUUGCAUAUCCAGCUGUGGAGACGAUACAUGAGGAUAGCAUCUGCAAGUUGGUCUACCUUCCUCCGCGACUUGUGUCCAAGAAGGUACAACGAGAAGCACAAGAGCUCGCGAGAAAGGCAGUUGGAGGUCUUUGGGGCAAAGGUGUUUUCGGAGUGGAGAUGUUCCUUAUGGACACUGGAGCCCUUGUGGUCAACGAAAUUGCUCCUCGUCCGCACAAUUCGGGUCACUACACCAUUGAAGCGUGCCCGACAUUCUCACAAUACAAGUCGCAACUUCUCUCGAUCCUGGGAAUCAUGCCACCAUUCCCGAAUGCCACGAUACCCGCUAUGUUCCCGUCAGCUGUCAUGUUGAACAUCCUUGGCGGUGCCUCGAAGGAUUCGCAUAAAGAACUCAUGAAGCGUGCUGUCGCGACUCCCAAUGCUGCUUUACAUAUGUAUGGAAAGGAGUCAAAGCCAGCAAGGAAAAUUGGGCAUAUCACGGUGGUUGCGAAUUCAAUGUCUGAAGGCGAACACCUGAUCACACCCCUAAUCCAACUCGCAGACAACAUGCGAGCCUCGAGAAAGGACCUCCCCACAUCAACAAUCUCGCCCUCCCCAUCACUACUCCCCCAACCCCUCGUCGCCGUAACAAUGGGGUCCGACUCGGACCUUCCGGUCCUAAAACCUGGCCUCGAGCUCCUCACUACCCUCGGCAUCCCGUUCCACGUGACCAUCACCUCUGCGCACCGAACACCCCUCCGCAUGACAGAGUUCGCCUCCUCGGCCGUCGUCAACGGCUUCAAAGUGAUCAUUGCAGCUGCUGGCGGAGCCGCGCAUCUACCAGGCAUGAUCGCUGCUUCGACACCGCUGCCUGUUAUUGGGGUUCCGGUGAAAGGGAGCACUUUGGAUGGGAUGGAUAGUCUGCUGAGUAUCGUUCAGAUGCCCAGGGGCGUGCCAGUUGCGACGGUGGCGAUCAACAAUAGUAUCAAUGCUGCAUUGUUAGCUGCGAGAAUCCUGGGCGCAAGUGAUGAUGUGAUUCGGGAAAAGCUGGAGAAAUACGCCAGUGAUAUGGGUGAAGAGGUUGUCGGAAAAGCUAGACGAUUAGAAGACGUAGGAUUCAAGGCUUAUUGA